GAGACGGAUAGCAUUCGACGCUGCAGCCUUUAUUUAUUGCGCCAGGUGCCACCCUAGAAGGCGAUUCACGUCCAUGAGUUGCCUGACAAGGAAUCGCCGACUUUUAUCAUAUAAUGCGCACUACCCAGUGAGAACGCCGACAAUAUCCCGUCGUGAGAAUCGGUAAAAUCCGUGCAGUGGGCGAUGGGACCGAUGAAGAACACUGGCAAUGCAUUGUGCCUGUGCCUCAUGGUUUUGGGGUCAGCACAGUGCUCCUUUGAGGUCAGGCCGAAUUUCGUCGUCAUGGUGAUGGAUGACAUGGGCUGGGGAGACCUUGGCAUCUAUGGUCAUCCCGCUAGAGAGACUCCAAACCUGGACAAGAUGGCGUCUGAGGGAACCCUUUUCACCGACUUCUACGCAGCAAGCCCUGUAUGCUCGCCGUCUAGGGCGGCACUGCUCACGGGUCGGCUGCCCAUCCGGACCGGAUUCUACUCGAUUAACAACCACUCAAGGAAUGCGUAUGUGUCACCGAGUGUUGCGGGCGGCAUACCAAAUGAAGAGUUGCUGCUCCCGGAAAUUCUCGGCGAGGUCGGCUACAGAAACAUGAUCAUCGGAAAAUGGCAUCUGGGUCACGAACCGGAGUUCCUGCCACUACGUCACGGAUUCCACGAGUUCUUCGGCUCACCGUCGACGCAUCCUGGGCCGUUCGACGAUGUGACGCAGCCAAACAUCCCAGUCUACAGAGACGACCACAUGAUUGGCAGGUACUACGAGGACUUCGAUAUAGACGUGAAAACAGCGAUGUCCAACAUUACAACCAUGUACACUGAGGAAGCCGUGUCGUUCAUCAAGCGGCAAGCUGCGAAGCGUCAACCCUUCUUCCUGUAUUGGGCACCGGACGCCACGCACGAGCCCGUGUACUCUUCCGCGGCUGUCAGAAGCCAAAGCGUCCGUGGAGCUUACGGCGAUGCGGUAAUUGAACUGGAUCGCAGCGUGGGCGCAAUUCUGCUUGCCUUGAAGACCUCAGGCGUCGCCGAGAACACAUUUGUGUUUUUUACAUCGGACAACGGCGCGGCCACAUACGCCAAGGAGAACGGUGGAAGCAACGGUCCUUUGCUGUGCGGAAAGCAAACUACUUUCGAAGGCGGUGUCCGGGAACCGGCCAUUGCCUGGUGGCCCGGAAUUUUUCCUGCUGGCACGGUGAGCCGGUGGCCGGUCUCCAACAUGGACCUACUGCCCACCAUCGCCGAGCUGGCUCGCGUCACGCUUCCGCCGGGCCUCGUGCUUGACGGGCAGAGCCUGGUGGACAGCAUGCUCGGCCGGACGCCAAACGAGAGGCCGAUCUUCCACUACCGGGGUAACGAGCUGAUGGCGAUUCGGAUAGGCUUGUACAAGGCCCACUUCUGGUGCUGGACAGACUUUUGGGAGGAUUUUGAGCGGGGCGUUGACUUCUGCCCGGGACAGAGUGUGGAUGGCGUGACGAGCCACGAGCAGCUCAACUACACGCAGCAGCCAGUGCUCUUCCACCUAGGCUUGGACCCGGGAGAGAAGUAUCCAAUACCCGCCGAUUCACCAGAGUACCGCGAUAACAUAAGGUCCAUACUGGAGAUCUAUCAGAAGCACAGACGCAGCUUGGUGCCGGGCAAGCCGCAGCUGGACUGGUGCGACGAUGCUGCCAUGCAGUGGGUUCCUCCUGGCUGCGACAAGAUCGACCGGUGCCUGCCAGUGCCACCGUCGAGACCAUAUCGCUGCCCGUGGCCGUACUGACUUGCUUGGGAGUCCAAAUG